CUGAAGCUGCAGUCCUUUGGAUACAAAGUUAUUUCUGGAAAGUUAAAGCAAUAUAUGCCAGCCCAAAUGGGAAUGGAAUAUGAUCCCUUAAUAUCCCCGUGGACCAGGAUCCCUUGCCAAAAUGGGUUUCAAAGCAGCAAAAAGUGUCUGAGCUUAUUUGUCGAGCUCCACGAGUGCCUCUUUAAGGUUGCUGAGCCCUUGCCGUUUGUUCACUUUACCGAGCACAAACAGAUCAGCGGAAAGUUUCAAAACACGAGGGUUUCAACGGAAGCAGCAAAAUAUUUGUGCUAUUUGCGCGCCCUGGAUUCCCCUAUCACUCGUCAACGGUCGGUUUGGGUGUAGGAAUUGCAGGGCUUGUGUUGUGGUGGUAGUGUUGGUCGAUCUCGUACACGAUGGACGUGGACGCAUCGCUGACAAUUCUCGGCGGCUUUGGCCUGGUGCAGGGUCUGAACUUCCUGGUGUAUUUGUUCUGUUCCGGCAGCUCGGGAUGGCUUCUGACGGGGGUGUCGUUCACCAUCGGGGAGCCAGAGGGCUACCGAUGCAGCCUGCCGCCGAACGGUACCUGGGACGGGGCAUCGUUCGUCGCGGAGGAGUGCAAACUGAUUGAACUUGGAGAAAGCGGUGACAGCAGUAGCAACGUGACGACGGCUUGUCUGUACGGAUGGGACUACGACUCAGUACAUGGGGAAACUAGCAGCGUAACUGAUCUGAAUCUGGUCUGUGAUCGGUACAUCCUGAUGGGUACCCUGACCUCCAUUCAUUUUGGUGGGGCCCUUGCCGGCUCGUACGUCCUCGGGCAGAUAUCGGAUCUCUUCGGGAGGCGGCUGGUCGUUCUAGGGUCAGUGAUUGCGGCCGUGAUCACUGGCACCGGUUUGAGUUUCACUUGGGACUUUGGCAUGAUGUGUGCUCUGCGAUUCUUCAAUGGCGCUUGCAUACCAGGUAUGUUAACGGUAGCCUACGUUCGUGAAAUUGAAAUGUUCACACCCAAUCGCCGUGUGAGGGCGCAACUCAUGAGUGAAAUGGCUUGGGUCAUUGGCAUAUCUUUGCUUGCUCCAAUGGCGUAUCUGAUGCCAGACUGGCGGCACUUCCAGCUGACCAUAUCGCUGCUCUGCCUUCCACUGAUUCCAAUGGUUUGGUUCUCGUUCGAGUCUAUAAGGUGGCUGGUACAAAAGGGCAGAGUUGAUGAGGCAGAAAAGAUCCUCCAGAGAAUCGCUAAGUCCAAGAACAUCUACCAUGUUGGCUACUUCUUACUGGCCCAGCGCGAUCCGGACGUGCAGAACCGAAAUGCACCGCUCAACGGGAACGCCAUCGAACUGGAAACUAAACCCUCCCGAGAAGCGGACGGCUGGGACCCAGAGAAACCCCCGCUGGAAGAUCUGGACAGUCCAACUUACUUUGCUGAAUCCCGCAGGCAAUCACCCUCGACGAAGAAGGCUACCCUCUUGGAUUUGUUCAAGACGCCUGCCUUGGUCUUUCGCACACUGUUCGUAUUCUUCUGCUGGUUUGCAAGCAGUGUGGUGUACUAUGGCUUUUUCAUAAACGCGGGUAACCUGGUUGGGAACAAGUAUUUGAACUUCUUUCUGAUAUCGUUGACGGAGGCUCCAUGUUACGUCAUCAACUACUUCGUCAUGACAAAGCUUGGUCGCCGACGCCCACUUAUCUUUUACUAUUUUGCGAGUGGCGUGGCAUGCGUGGUGACGGGUGUAAUUCCUCCCAAGUCAGCUGACGGCUCUGACCUUACCGUGGUGAUUCUGGUGAUUGCGAUGAUAGGCAAAUUUUUUGCCACGACCGCCUUCGAUAUCCUGUAUCUUGUCACGGCAGAGCUGUACCCCACAACUCUGAGGAGCGCUGCUGUAGGUGCUGCAUCGAUGGUGAGCCGCAUGGGAGGAAUGGUGGCACCGUUUAUUAUCUAUCUAAAUGUUAUCCACAGUUCCUUACCAAUGAUCGUGUUUGGAGUGGUGUCGAUUCUGGCUGGAGUUUUUGUCCUUCCGUUUCCCGAGACCAGCAACCGAUCACUACCGGAGAUUCUGGAAGACGGAGCCAAACUCACUACUAAGGAGCCGGCAAAAGAUGAGGCUUCACCCGUCCAAGUGUAGGGUGAAGUAUUGGUGAGCACUUGG